AUGGACAGCAGAGCUAUCAGAUACAGAAACAAUAGCAGCGCAAGAUAUUCUUUUAAUUUUGGAAGCGGUGCGGCCACAAAGGGAGUGUAUAUGGCCUUGCAAAAAAUGUUUGGUGCAAAUGAUUUAGAGCUCAACACGACGAAAGCGUUGAAGAAUCUGUGGUUGAAUAAUGUUCCAUCGAAGCUUGUUCUCUCUUUGAAUCAAACAAUGGCUUAUGUUAAGCUGGUUCUUUUGUCUGUUUUCUUGCUUGCCACUUUUGUAACGUUCCCAAUAAAAAAAGUAGAAGCAGUACUGUGUUUGGCAAUUUGUACUAUAUCCACACCAUGCGCCAAAGGUUGUAUUUGUAUUACAUCUCCUGUCGGUUUGUGCCUCCCUGAAUCAUAUAAAGAUGCUGUGAAGAUAGUUGGGAAAAAUCUUAUAUGUCAGGAUGAUGCUGAAUGUAAAAACAAGAAAACUGGAAACUUUUGUGUUCAUUCUCCUAAACCUGAUUUGGAGUAUGGUGUGUGUGCUGAUUCUAUGAUUGACGCAGAACACUUAAUCUUAAAGAUAUUCUCUAAAUCUAAUCUCACAAAAGGCUUCUUGGAGAUGCCAAUAAUAACCACUUAA